UCUCUCUGAACAGAGCAGAGUGACUAAAUGAGUCACACGCAGCACAUCAACAUCAACAUCAACUCCCACAUCAAUAACAGUUGAAUCAAGAUGGCGGCCGAGGGCGAGUACGAGUCGAUCCUGUGCGUGAAGCCCGAAGUCAACGUCUACCGCAUCCCGCCGAGAGCCUCAAACCGGGCAUACAGGGCAGCUGACUGGAAGCUGGAUACUCCAGACUGGUCUGGUAGAAUGAGGGUCACAGCCAAGGGCCAAGUGGCAUUCAUCAAACUGGAGGACAAGAUCUCAGGGGAGCUGUUUGCCCAGGCACCAAUCAAGGAGUAUCCCGGUGCUGCGAUGGAAACGGUCAGCGACUCCAGCCGAUACUUUGUUCUGCGGAUACAGGACGAUAACGGUGAGGAUGGUCGCAGUGCUUUCAUAGGAGUUGGCUUCGGGGACCGAGGGGACGCUUUUGAUUUCAACGUGGCUUUGCAGGACCAUUUCAAAUGGGUGAAACAGGAGAAUGAAUUCAGUAAAAACGCCCAGCUCGGGGAUUCAGGACCAAAACUGGACUUGGGCUUUAAAGAGGGACAGACCAUCACACUCAACAUAGGGCAAGGUAAAAAGAGGGAUAAACCCCGCCCACAAGGUUCAGGAGGGUUUGGACUCCUCCCACCACCACCUGGAGGCAAGAUAGCCCCGCCUCCUUUGUCCGGCUCAUCCAAUCACAACAUAGUCCCCCAGACGGGAGACAUGGCAACAGGCUGCCUGCUGGAGCUGGACAGUAGUAACUCUAACACAGUGCUUCAGUCGAACCCUAGUUCAGAUCUUUGGGGAGACUUCUCCGCUCCUGCAAGCUCCGUUCUGCCACCAUCACCCCCGCAGAACGCUGGAAACUGGAUCCAGUUUUGAGCCGUCGGCCGUCACGUCGGUCGUGAUCUCCAUCUCACCUGCAUCCGUGUCUGUAGCUUCCUGUGCAUCACACUGAGAGUAACUCCCACACACUUGAUCCCAAAGCAAAGAACUCCACAGAGCUGUAGAAAACAACUCAUUAAGAAAGAAAGAGUUCUUUCCAAUAUUCUUAACAGGAAAUGAAGCAUUAAUCCGUUUUAAAGCCAUCACAUGAUAUAAGCCAUUUCCAAAAAAACAAACAAAUAUUUAAGGGCUAAUAUGUGACGUCCUGAGUAGCAGGUGUUCCUCUUCUAUGUGUCUGCAUCGCCUCCCCGGUAGAUGGCUCUCUGAGCAGAGCUUUAAUCUUUUGAUCUGGAAGGUUUUUUCUCACUGCGACGGCUCCCCCUGCAGGCGCUGCAGAGUGCUACACCUGGAGAGAAGGCCCCCAGUGCUUUCUGUAACCUGCUGUGAAUAAUGUGCAAAGAGCUGAAAAAGCUCAGCAUUAGCGAAGGCUACUUUAACUGUAAGACAGUUUCUUUAUUCGUCUAAAAUUGGUGCUUAUAUCUUAUUUUUGUGCGUCGGCAUUAUUAUUUCUAAUGAAAUUGAGGUUUCAUCAUUUGACCUGAAAUAAUUUUGAAAGAAUAAUUUAUUUAGAUAUAAAUCCUAAAGAAAGAACAGUUUGAGAUGCAUUACAUUUUUUUUUUUAACCUCAUUUACAAGAGUUUUAACUAUGAAAAGAAAGAUUUUUUAGACUGAACGGGGGAUUAAAUGACUCGUUCCCAUCGCCACACUGUGAAUUGCGGAGUAGUACGGCCUUGUCAUGUCUCAAAAAAUCUGUAUUUAAAACCACAACAACUACUGUAGGUCUAAAGCGUGGUUUCAUUACAUGAUGAUAAUGCAAGAUGCAACUUCAAAAUGUUCAGAUUAGCUUUGCUUUAUGGGAUAUGAAAAUUGAUUUCAAACGAAUGCAGAUGCAACCUUUCAUCAUGCCUUCUAUCGGGUAUUUAUCACCACAUGAACCAGGAAUUAUCCGUUGUACAGUAUUUUAGUGUGUUCAUAAAAUCACUGAGCUUACAUACAGUAGGUAAGAAAGUUUAUAGAUAUGUUCAGAUGGCGUGAAUUAACAUUCCUCUGCCGUAUUAAAUCUAUAAGUUUAUGUUUACAAUGUAAAAUCAUAUUUGUGCUCACUGGGUGGCUUAUUUUUGUUGUAACACUGAAAGCCAAAUCCAGACAUGUGUUCAUCAUUACUGUCAAUUAUUUACAUUUUACUGCAUAUUAUUUUUAAAGAAUGAAAUAAGCUAAGAAUGAAACAUAUUUUGCUGAAUUUAAACGAUGGAUUGGCGUCCAUCUGCUGGCAGUAAAUUAAAACUACUUAAAUACUUAAGAGGCCUUCUUCACCCCCAAUCAAUUUUUUCAAUUAAAGUGCCCAUUUUCUAAUAGAAUAUAAUAGAAUAAAUGAGGUAAAGCAGAGCAGGACGAGUCCUAUUUAGCCUUGAAGACCAUUUCUGAGAUCAUCAGAGAAAACAUGUAAUGUGAGGAUGGUUGGCAAGUAAAUAUCUGCUUCACUUUUUCCAUUAAAUAUCUAUGAAACUA